GGCGUUAUUCCACUGGGAUGGCGCGGCCGGGCGGCAUGGCCGGGGUCCCCGUCGGCGCCCUCCUCCCGCUCCUCGUCGGCGUCUGCGGGGCCGUCACCGGCUCCCGCGUGUACCCCGCCAACGAAGUGACCCUGCUGGACUCCCGCUCGGUGCAGGGAGAGCUGGGCUGGAUCGCGAGCCCGCUGGAAGGAGGGUGGGAGGAAGUAAGCAUAAUGGAUGAGAAAAACACUCCGAUCCGCACCUACCAGGUCUGCAAUGUGAUGGAGCCCAGUCAGAAUAAUUGGUUACGAACUGAUUGGAUUCCCCGUGAGGGGGCUCAGAGGGUAUAUAUUGAAAUCAAGUUCACACUGAGAGACUGCAACAGCCUGCCAGGUGUCAUGGGAACUUGCAAAGAGACUUUCAACCUCUAUUACUAUGAAUCAAAUAAUGACAAGGAGCGUUUUAUUCGAGAGAGCCAGUUUGCCAAGAUCGACACCAUUGCUGCUGAUGAGAGCUUCACCCAGGUGGACAUUGGCGACAGGAUCAUGAAGCUGAACACAGAGGUGCGGGACGUGGGCCCUCUCAGCAAGAAAGGGUUUUACUUGGCUUUCCAGGACGUCGGUGCCUGCAUUGCUUUGGUGUCUGUUCGUGUCUUCUAUAAGAAGUGCCCCCUGACAGUUCGAAACCUGGCACAGUUUCCAGACACCAUUACUGGGGCUGAUACAUCCUCUCUGGUGGAGGUUCGUGGCUCCUGUGUCAACAACUCGGAAGAGAAGGACGUGCCAAAAAUGUACUGCGGGGCAGAUGGUGAAUGGCUGGUACCCAUUGGCAACUGUCUGUGCAAUGCUGGCUAUGAAGAACGCAAUGGUGAAUGCCAAGCUUGCAAAAUCGGAUACUACAAGGCGCUCUCGACAGAUGUUGCGUGUGCCAAAUGCCCGCCUCACAGCUACUCCAUCUGGGAAGGCUCUACCUCCUGCACCUGCGAUCGGGGCUUUUUCCGAGCUGAAAAUGAUGCUGCGUCCAUGCCCUGCACUCGCCCUCCAUCUGCACCCCAGAACCUGAUUUCCAAUGUCAACGAGACGUCGGUGAACUUGGAGUGGAGCGCCCCGCAGAACAAGGGAGGACGGGAGGACAUCUCCUACAACGUGGUGUGCAAGCGCUGCGGGGCCGGGGAGCCCAGCCGCUGCCGGUCCUGUGGCAGUGGUGUGCAUUUCAGCCCCCAGCAGAACGGGCUGAAAACCACUAAGGUUUCCAUCACUGAUCUCCUGGCACAUACCAACUACACCUUUGAGGUCUGGGCAGUGAAUGGAGUGUCCAAGCACAACCCCAGCCAGGACCAAGCCGUGUCAGUCACUGUGACAACUAACCAAGCAGAAGGGCUGGGACAAGUUGUCAGCUGCUCUGGGGUUCCACCUGCCUCGUCCGUCCUCGCCUGGCUUCUCCGGGGAAUUUGGCUCCCGCUGUGGAGAUUUGCAUCGGAGGGAGUUACCACAAGGACUGCUGAAGCAAACCAAGUAAUGUCUUCUGGGAAACCACAGGCCUUUCAAAUAGGAAUGUGAUGGGAGAUCCAUGGAGAUAAGUGAUCCCAGCAUAAGAAAUUUGGGAAUUGUAUGGAAGCAAACAGUCAGGAAUGCUCUUGGAUUGCCAAAUUUUAGUGUUUAGCGUGAGAUUCCUUAGUGUCCCUGGGAUGUCAACUGCUGGCUGUGUCAGAUUUCUUCCGUGCACCUUUAAUUAUGUGUGUAAGAUCAUGUGUCUGCGUAAGGAGCUUCUCCAAGCUGACAGAUGCAAGUGGGAGUUUUGUAUUAACAGCUCUGUUCUUGCACAGGCUUUAACUGAUGGCCUGUAAUAAAUGUGCAGUUGUAGGUAUACGUGCUGCGGUCUUCAAAACAAAACCGGGAAAACUAUUGUUGGGAGAGAUUAAAUUAUUAUUUUAAGGUAACUGCAGCUUUCCACAAAGAAAUAAUAAUUAAAAUAACAAUUGCCUGCUUGCUGGCAAAGCGUCUGCACCACCCAUUUCCAUGAAUUUGUAUUCAAGGUGGGGGAUACAAGUCUUGGUCUGAAGGGAAAAAAAAAAAAUGCUUUCUAAAGAUCCUUAGUAAAUAACCAGCUUCAGGGUUCAGUGAGCAGCUCAGACAAGUUGUGUGUCAGGUAGCGCCAAGAAGUAAUUGCAGCAUUUAAAUAAAGGUUUGGUCACACUGUUGAAAGGAUCUCAUGUUUGCUGUGCAAAGUGAGGGUUGCUACAUAUCCACCUUAGGAAAAAGGCGUUUAAUUUGAGGACUGGUUGGCAUUGGCCAUAUUUAUAAUUACAGAAAUUUACUUUCAAACGGCAUCAGAUGUGUUCAAGUUCAGCGCUCAGUUAUGGAGGUGCAGAUGAACAGCUGGUAAAUGGUCAGGGCUGAAGGUGUGGUCCUGGAGCUCUGGUUUGCUCCACAGCAUUUAACUGCUCGUUUCCUUCCGCCAGCAGCGCUGUGCCGCUCCUCGCUAGCUAACUUUGCAUCCAGUCUGAGCUGUGUCCCUUAAGCAAUUUGCAAGAAAAUAUUUCGAUGUGGAAGGAGACUUGGCCCGAGAGUACUUGUGACUACCAAAUGUUUAGCUGGGCUUCUAAAUUUUCUGGGUGCUUUUGCAGCUCACUAAAUUAAUGGGAAAACAGCCAGAAAGACAGCAGAGUCCAGUCUGCAGUUGAGCAACAAGAAAAGGCUCCGGAGAACUUUAUCAAAGCUUCCAUUAACCCCCUGCUGGUGUCCUCAAACAGGAUUUUUUUGAGAGAGUGGAAAUACAAAAGCCGGGCUGCACAACUGCCCCUGUGUGUCCAUUCAAAGGCUUUAAAUCCGCACAGUUACUAAUUAAAAUGCCAUGCAGGGCAGCACAAAUAAACACAGCCAGUCCCUGAGUCCCAAAGUUUCUGCUUCGGCUUGGUUUGAAGGGCAGGAUGCUGAGCUGACCUGGCAGGGAUGGGCAGUGUGGCCCCGCAUGGUGCAGAUGUUCUGUCCUUGCAUGAGGAGGUGCAAAAAGUGUGUUGAGCUGAUAUGCAGGAAAUGCUAUUUCCAGAAUGCCACCCCAAGGCAGCCUGCUUUUUUUUUUUUUUUUGCAUAGCGUUGCGUUGAACCAUGAGGACUAAAUAGAGCUGUGGCAUGUCUGCUGGAUCUCUAUAAUCAUGUUUGCCAGGUUCUGGAGGACAUCAAAAUGCUGAGCACACGAGUGAAUACCACUCCUUUCAUAGAGAAACGUCACUUCAGAUUUAGCCCCACAUGUGAACUGGCAUGCAGGGAGCACUUUAUUAUCGUGGCAAGGCUCCAGUGGGCUUCCCCUCCCAAACAAAGCAGGCAAACGCAGAGCCUCUCUCUGCCGCUACGCGAAGGAUUUCAUGGCGUCGUCUCAGAUUAACGUAAUCUGCCUUCAUUACUAAAUUCGGGAACCGGGAUCCCAGAAGCCUUAGCAAGAUGCUCGGACAGCAGGUUGAGGGGCUGUGAAAGCUGGGAUUUGUAACCUGAUGGUGACAAAAGGUUUUUAGAUUUUUUAAUGUAGUUUAGAAGAGUAUAGGAAGCUGUGGCAUCUGUAUUUUAUGCCUCUGGUCAUUUACAUUGUAAGCUUUCCCGUAUGGAAAAGUCCUACUGAACUCAAAAGGAAAUUAUAACAUUUGUCUCAGCUCUCUGAGCUCUUCCGUUAGGAUUUAUUAGGAUUUUUAUCCCUGCUAUUGAAUUCUAUUACUCAGUCUUAAAAAGAAGAUUGAGUGAUUCUGAUUUUUUAUUAAAUACUUUUACAGUUCAAUAAAAUCUCUUUGGUUUUGUACACAUUAAAAUCCAUUGAAAGUAUCCAUGGAUUAUUACAGA